AUGCCGUCUUUGCUGCUCCGGGACACAUCGGCUGGGUCUGCGACAUCAUCCUCCGCGAUCAUGGCAUCUCCUCAGAUCGAUCCAGCGCUUGUCAAUCACCUGAAAGACCUCUACGCCUCCUACCGCCAUACGAAAGAUAUCGACGCCAAGGGAGCCUUCUUUUCUCCGUCAUGCUACCAGAUAUGUCGACCUAAACCCUCGUUCGCUGCUCGCGACAGGGAGACCAUCGUGCGAUACCUUCACGAGACAUCUCCGAAGAAAAGCUCCCUCUCAGACGAAGACACAGGCACACUCAAGACCAAAGGCUACUAUACCAUACGGUCAUUAACAGACGCCGAGUAUGAGUUCGGCACUGAUGAACAUGUCAUCCCGGCUGGGUUUUCUUCGGCUGAGGACGUCAAGAAAAAGGCUAGGUCGGAGGGCUGGGUCGGGAUGAGAGUCGACUUGUGGGAUGAACCUGUUGUCGCCAUUGACAUAGAUGAUUCACUCAUGGUGAAAGUGCAGUACUGGUGGAGAAAAGAAGAGGACGAGUGGCUUCAGAUUUUCCACGACAUUAUGUACCUGGGAUCUAAGGAUGGAAGCCAGGGCUCAGGAGGCGAGAUACUGCAGUGA